UUUACAUUUAAGUAUUAAUCAUUUUAAACUUUCAUGUAUAUACCAGGAAAAAAAUGUUUAUGAUGGAUAAUAAUGAGCAAGAAAUGGAAAUUUGGAAUGAUAUUGAAAGUCUUUUAGAUUCUGAUUUCUGGGACAACAAUGGAUUUGAACUUGAACAGGAGCUGAGAAAGUGGAUAUCACCAUCUUAUCGCCAUAGUGCUGACACUAACCUUGAAACUGGUGAAAGAGAUGGUAUAGGUUCGAAUGGCGAUGAUGAGGAUGUUGUUGACAACUCUGAUGAUGCUGAUGAUGAUGGUGAUGAAGAAGAUGAUUUUAAGGCAGGAGUAGAGGAAGGUGUGGCGGAAGCGAAAAGAGUUGGAAGCUUCAGUUACUACAGGACAAGCAUUGGAUCUCCAUCCAUAAACAGACGAUCAUUUACUGAAGAGGAACUAGAGCAGUUUACAAAUGAGAAUGAUGGAUUCCCUCUCCCAUCCACCCCAGAUGAUCUGAAAGAGUUUGACCGGCAAGCGUUCAUUGAGACACCCGAGUUCGCAGAGAAGGUGGGGACCAAAAAGAGCCGAAAGAAACGAGAUCGCCAGCGUUCCAAGUCUGCAACAAAUGUACCUGACCUGGGGACUAUCAGACUCAAGCUACAGAAACUCCAUUCGCCAGGAAAACCCAAGUUCCUGGAGCAUCUCCUCAGCAGGGUCGUUUCCCGUAAAGCAGGCAAGUCACGGGACGGGAAUGGCCUUGUAACAGAUGCUGAAGAAUCAAUUGAACUGCCAGCUGAGCCCUUGUCCCCUGAUUCAGAAAAAUGCUUGCAACAUGCUGAAGCUAUUGUUGAGGAGCUUCUAGCCUGCGCUGCUAGACCACCAAGUGGAGAUUCAUCAGAUUCAGGCAAAGGUUCACUAUUCGAAUCUACAAGUGACUUUUCACCAACUGGUACGAAGAGGAAAGCUUGGUCGACUCCAGCUUCUCCGACUUUUCAGGGAAUUGUUAAGGAAAGGUUGAAAAAUUUUCAAGCUUUAACAGAGACCAGUGACACUGAGUCUGUGAAUUCCAAUUCUGCUGUUGCUGGAACACCCGUUUCUCCUAAAGCAAAGAUUUACAAAAAUGAGGAGUACGUAGAAGAAAUUAAGGAGAUUAACAAAAAUAUUAAAGCAUUUUAUACUUCAAUUUCAGAGGAUGAAAGUUUUAACUCUGCAAUAAUGGAAAGUGGUUAUGUCAAAGCUCUUGUAGCCAAGAUAAAUCAUCAUAAACUCCCUGAAGAAGAUCAUGAAGAACAGACUGAAGACACUACUGAGGAUGUGGAUGUGAAUGGUGAAAUUAUUGUGCCUGUGGAGUUCCUGAUAGGGAAGGAGGAUUCAGGCUGGAGCGAAUGGGAGGAGGAGGUUUCACCAAGCCCUGAUGACGAAGAAGGUCCAGGUGAAAAUGGAAUUAAUAGAAAACCUAGUGUACACAAUGCAAAUGAUUUUGAUGUCAGGUCCAAGACCAGUACGCCAACAUUGUCUGCCAGAAAUUCAUCUUGUUCGAGCACUUCAACUACUCAGUACAGUGUUACCAGUGCUAAUUCAGACAGUGAAAGUCAAGAAGAGGAUGAGAAACCUCGCGACAAGCUUCAUCAGAUCGCGUACGAACUGUUGACCACUGAGAGAGCGUACGUGUCACGGCUCCAUCUCCUAGAUCAGGUGUUCCAUGCAAGAGUGAUGUCUGAAAAUCAGAAGUCGCUGUUCAUGCCAAAUGAGGCAAUUAGCCAGAUUUUCUCCAAAAUCACACCCAUAUACUGCUUCCAUAAGGAACACCUUCUACCACAGCUGGAAGACAGGAUGAAACACUGGCAGAGUAUACAGAGAGUGGGUGACGUAAUGGCCAAACUAGCUCCAUUCCUGCUGCUAUACACGGAGUGCGUAAAGAAUUACGACAAAGCUCUCGCCACUAUAGCCAAGUGGACGGCACAGUCACAGAAGUUCGCAAGUCUUCUGCAGGAAAUACAGAUGUUGCCCGAUUGUGCCGCCCUGACUCUACAGCACCACAUGUUAGAGCCCAUACAGAGGGUACCCAGAUAUGAACUACUACUUAAACAAUAUAUAAAGCACCUUGGUCCAGAUGCUGAAGACAGAAAAGAUGCUCAAAAAGCCCUUGACCUCGUAACUCAGGCUGCCUGUCAUUCCAACACUGUAAUGAAGAAACUGGACAAGUUCCACAAGCUCUUGACAAUAAUCCCCAAGUUGAACGGCGAGGGGACAAGUGAUCUAGUCAAUCCAACACGGGAACUGAUCAAGGAGGGUGCCAUCACAAAAAUAUCCGCCCGCAGUGGAGAAAAACAGGCCAGAUAUAUCUUUUUGUUCAACGACCUACUACUAGUGUGUUCAGAGCAGAUGUUGGGCUCGUACAGAAUCCGAUCUCGACUGAGCGUGGACGGGAUGGAGGUGAACCCGGGGGAAAAUAUCACUAUCUCAGGAACCUUCUGUGUCAAGUGUAUUGAGAAAAGCAUCGAGUUUCUGGACGAAUCCAACAAUGGAAAUGGUUCAGACUGGUUUUCGGUGUUCCAGCAAGUGAUCUCCGACUACCAAAAAAAGUCCCGACUGAAUCGUCUCAGAUCUACAGAGAGUGCCUCGGAGAGUGAGUUUUCAGGGAGUGGCCAGUUUGACAAGAGCAAGCUUGGUCAACAGGCACCAGUAUGGAUUAAGGACGAAGAAGUGACAAUGUGUAUGUCGUGUACUGAGAAGUUCACCCGCCUACGACGAAGACACCACUGCCGUGCUUGUGGAAAGGUGUAUUGUGGGAAAUGUACGUCAGACAGAGCGUACCUGGAGUAUGAGAAGAUGAGGGACCGGGUGUGUCGACAAUGUUUAAAUAUUCUACAAGGGAUGGAAACAGAGAAGAAGAAACAGACUGUCAAGGAUGUUGAUCCUGAGAAGGACUCGUUGAUGUCCAGUUACGUGAACAUUAUGGACAAAGACAGGAAGUGGUUUCGGCGCUGGGCCACAGCACACUCAGAUUUUGUCAUCUACAUUUAUAAGAAACACAAGGACCCUCAGGCUAUACAGACCAUACCGCUGCCCGGCCACAUAGUAAAGAUGGUGGAGAUACCUGACAAAAAACAUGUGUUUGCCCUCACACAUAAAGACGCUGUGGUCUGCCAUAUACAAGCAGAGACAGAGGAGGAAUUACAACAGUGGAUGAGCAUUUUAGGCAAGUUGGUCUUGUUGGAAAUCCCAGAGUCCAGACCCAACAGAGUAUCCACCCACAGUGAUAGCAGCGGCCAAUCAACACAGUCCUCAAACAGUUCUGACCAAUCAUCUCAAUUGUAGCAAAGUGCAAAUAAGUGGACUGACCAAUCAUAUCAUUUGUAACAAAUUCAUGCAGCAGCCUAUCAACACAGUCCACACAUGUUACAGCUUUGACCUAUCAUUGCCUUUAAAGCAAAUAGCAAAUGCAUGCAAGUGACCAAUCAUAUCUUUCAUAACAAAAUUCAUGAAGCAGCUGAUGUACACAGUCCCCUGACAGUUCUGAUUAAUCCUAUCACUAUAAGCAAAUAGCAAAUAAGUGGACUGACCAAAUUGCACCAAAUAUAAUUCCUCAGCCAUUUAAAACAAUCUAAACAAAAGAUUAGCAAAAAAACAGAAUGUGUAAUUUAUCAUGUCAAUGUAAACAACUUUGUAAGACAGUUAUUUCUGUCAUGAAUUAAGCAAUACUGAACAAUCUGACCAUGCACAAUGUAAUAAAGAUGUUUAAAUACAUUGGAUCAUGCAUGAUGUUAUUUUGUUAAAAAAAAGAUAUAGACAUGUACAUUUACAGUUGUCAUCCAGAACAUUUUGUGAUAAUUCACACAUAAUAAAAUAAUUUACAUUUACAUGACCAAGUCAAAUAGCUCUGACCAAUCAUUAUGCUCGUAGUAGCAAGAACAAAUAUAACUGACCACUCAUAUCAUGUGUUACAAACUCAUAUGUACCAGCCAAUCAAAAUUAGCAGGGAACAAAUUAACUUGACUGACCAAGGCCUGGGACAAAAUUUAAUGCAAAUUCACAUUCAUUUUUAUAUGAAUCAUUUUAUUUAAAUGUGUAUUUGAUUUUAAGAAAUUUAAAUGAUAUCUGUUUGGAACUUGUAUAGUCAUUGUCUGCACUUAUCUGUUUGACUUCUAUUUUUUUAUAUGUUCAUAUCAUUCAUUAUCUAACAGAAUAUUAAGAGUAGUAUUCUCUUACAAAAAUAACUUUUUUAUUGAUAACUUGUUUUUUUAUACUUAAAGCUAAUACCAGUAUUUUAAUGUUUUAUGUAUUGUUAGAGAUAUGUAUAAUACUUGUCACCAUAGUUCAUGUUAUGUGUGCUAUUUCAGUAUAAACACGUCUUUCUGUUUCCUGCAGCCAGUAUAUGGCAUUCUACUUUUGUUUCCAAUGUAGAGUCUUCAAACUUGGUAUACACAUUGUUCAUCAUCAGAAAAUUGCACCUAUAGACAGUGGUAGCAAUAGCUUGAAGUUCAAGGUUGUUAUGGCCUUUAAACAACAUGCAAUACAUCUGCUUGGCUUAAUUCUAGUUGUUAUCAGGGGCAGAUCAAUGACUUGACAUUAGAGGGGGCAUAACUUUCAGGCGUAAGCUUUUGACUCGUGUCCCUCCUUUAGACCCAAAAAUUAUUUGGUUUAAAGUGGAGGCAGGGUUUUUCCCCCAAGAAUUUUUUUAAAAAAUCUAAAGUAAACUAAUGAACAAUUUGGGUGAGGGCCCACCCCACUCUUCUUUCAUAGGCUAAUAGGAAUAUAGUUAUUAUAAUGCAAUUUACUUGAAUGAAUUGACUCAGGGCCCAUAUUCAAUUUUAAGAAAAUCUCGAGUUUGAGUUUGCAAAUCUAGGUGUUUUGGUAAAUAAAUUCCAAAUAGAGCAUUGGUAAGGGAAUUUGUUUUUUUAUACUAUUGUCUGAUCACAUUUAGUCAAUAGAAAUUCUCUGUGUUACUCAAAGACUAAUUGAAAUAUCACAGAGAAAUUUUUAUGGUCUAAGGGUAACAUUUUAACUGCAUUGCCGAUAUUUGCAUAGUUAUUCCGGCUGACUUCAAACAUCAGUUUGAUGGACAAGUUGCUCCCCGUGACAAAUCUGCUAUCAUUUGGUAUUAUGAAUUUUUAGACUUUGAUUUCAUAAUAAUUUUUUUUUUCAACAUAUUCAAAUGAAAUUUGGUACCCAUGUCAAAACUCUCAUUUGAAUAAUUGUUGAGAUAUGCCUCUUCUUUGGCUGAGAAACAUCAGAUGACGCUCUUGAUGAAAUUUAACUUUAUCCCUUUGUACAUUAAGCAAUUGUAAAAAGCUUGUACGUUAUUAUUCUGUGUUUUCCACUUUGUUCAGUAGGCUUUCUGUGUUACUCUACUUAACAUAUUAUUCUGUGAUAUCACUUUGUGUACAGUCAUUUUUCUCGUAUGCAUGUAAAUAGCAAUUCAGUGCAUUUUUACAUCAAUUUUGUAAUUAAUAUCUUUAUGUCAAACAUGUUUUAUGUAUGAAUGAGAUGAAAUGCAGUCGAAACUCGUUAUGUUAAAUUCUGUUAUCUCAAAUUUCUGCUUAUCUCGAACUGUUUUCGAAUGCGUUUCGUUUAGUUAGCCAUGAUUUAAUUUAUUUCGGUUAUAAAGAAUGUUCCAUAUCUUGAGGUAUUUCUCGAGCUCCCAACGACUUUGACAUAGCGAGUUUUAGCUGUAUGUUUCUUUUAGUGAACGUUCAGUUUGGGACAGUUUCUGAGUAUUGUUGUCCCCUUAUUUACAUUGUCGCUAGCAAUGUUUUAUAACCGAGUCUCAGGACAUCAACAAAAUGAAAUACGAUGUAAAUAAUCAAUAUAUCACCUUAAUCGAUAAUUAUUUUGUUAUGGAGAUUUUUGUUUCAUAAUUGAUCAGCAUCAUCUAUUUAUUUUUCACCUAAUAUUAUGGAUUUUGUUAAUAAUCAAUAUCUGUAUUACAUUAUAUUUUUUACUAUCAAUGAUUUAUAGUAAUUCAGCUGUAUAUGAUAAAGCUAAAUUGCAUCUUUGUUAAAGCAUUUGUAAUUUUAAUAUUUCCUAAUUCCUACUACUAGUAUCUAAAACGUUUACAUUUGAUAUUUAGGAUUUAUAUUUACGUACAAGCAAAAGACAAACAGUUAGAAAUUGCAUCUUUGAUAAACUAAAGUGCUUAUAAAUUUAAAUUUUCUUAUUCCCACUCAAACAAUAACAUUUGAUAUCUAAGUUUUAUAUUUAAGUAGAAGAAGAAGACAAAUGCUUAGGUUUAUUUAUUGGGUUGAUUUCUACAAGCAAACGUUGACAAUGAACUAACACAUUUUAUGUAAGAACUGUGAGUUAUAUAACUGAUAUAUGAUGAUCAGACAAGAUUUCCUUUAGGUAUGUUCAGAUUGUAGCUAAAUUUUGAAAAGCAAGUGACCAACAGGGAGACAAUGUGUUGACAUGGUCAACUUUGUCAGUUUUAAGAGAGAAUAGGUAAAGCUAUUGUGCUGGUCUUGUUGUUGCCCAAAUAUUCUGAAAAAUGUACAUACAAUAUUAACAACAGGUGUAACCAGCAACAAUACACGUGUAACCAGCAACAAUACACGUGUAACCAGCAACAAUACACGUGUAACCAGCAACAAUACACGUGUAACCAGCAACAAUACACGUGUAACCAGCAACAAUACACGUGUAACCAGCAACAAUACACGUGUAACCAGCAACAAUACACGCAUAUGUAGCAAGGCCCAUAACUCCGGCUUUAAUAAUUGCUGUGUUAAAACUGUUUGAAGAAAUUAAAAAAGCGAGUGUUGGCAUCUGCUUAUAGCACCUAAGUAUACCAACUGUGUUAAUAACAAUGUAAUGAAUUUAGUGAUUAUUUUUAUGUGUAAAACAAGAUAUACAGUCAAACCCCAUUGGCUCGACCUCGCUUUGCUCAAAUUCCUUGUUGGUUCAAACUGGAUGUUAAGGGCUUUAUACUACAGGUUUACAUAUUCGCUCGGCUCGAGGUAUGUUCGCUGGAUUUUGGGAGUUCAAGCCAACGGGGCUGGACUGUAAUUUAAUAAUACAACUUGUUAUUCUUGACAUAUGAUUUUGUUGGAGACAUUAGACCCACUUCAGCUAAUGAUCAGACAUUAGUGGUACAUGUUUUUAUGUUUAUCCAUGGUUUUUGCUUGGAACUUAUUCUUGUUUGUUACAAUUUUUUAUUCUUUCGUUUAUUCUUAUUAAAUCAAAAUCAGCAUUGUUUUGUUAUUUCUGUUAUUUGGAUGUUAACAGUUUCAAAUGAUAUCUUUUAUUUAUAUGGCAUAUUAGAUGUUGGUCAUUCAUAUAUGAUACAUAAAAUGUUUUGUCAAGUAACUGUUUUAUAUAUGUUUAAGACAAUAAACACGUCUGUCUGUCCGUCUGUCUGUCUGUCUGUCAUUUACUUUAUACAACUAGGUUAAACAGUUACACAAGAUAACAAUCAUAUAAUGAUAUAAGAGGUUUGACAUUGUGUUAUAUGGAGAUUUUAUUGUCUUGAUAUUUUGCAUGGAAAAAAAAACUUUUUGUUUUCUUUCUCAUUUAUACAUUCAUACAUUCAUGCAUUCAUUAAUUCAUAGAAUAUUAUAAAUAUUUAAAUGCAUUUCAUAUCAAUAAUAGUCUGACUCAACAUUGUAUGAUGUUAUUUGUACAUGAAAUAAAACAAAUCAAACAUAAA